AUGCCUCCCCACUGUUCCCGCGCCUCAGCAGCCCAACCCACCUCCCAACCGACCUGCGUCCCAGUGGCCCAACCUCCCUCCCCACUGGCCCCCCUGGUGGUGCAACCCACUCUCCGUACCGUUCAUGUGCCUCAGCAGCCCAACCCGCCUCCUCACCGUUCCCCACCCAUAUGUCCCCACGCCCCAGCAGUCCAACCUGAUUCCCCACUGUCCCCACACCCUGUCAGCCCAACCCGCUUCCCCAUCAUUCCCAUGGCCCGUCGGCUCAACCAUCCUCCCCACCGUUCUUGUGGCCCUUCAUCCCAACCUGCCUCUCCACCGUCCUUCACUCUAGUGGCCCAACCAGCCUACCCUCCAUUCCCCUGUCCCAGCUGCUCAACAAGUCUUCCCACUGUCCCUUCACCCCGGCAGCUCAUCCAGCCUCCCCUUCAUUCCCAUGCCCCAGCUGCUCAACCAGCCUCCCCACCAUCCCACCUGCAGUGGCCCAACCAGCCUCCCUACAACCUUGCGGCCCAACUAGUGAGAGAGAGCAUCUUAUAG